AACACACACACACAACAGAAAAAGCGUUCGUCGCAUCGCGUCUGUGAUUAAGGCUAAACGCGUGUCUACGUAGUCUAUAUUGUAUCUGAAGCUACGGGAUAUCGACCUAAAUUUUCAACGUAUUUUGCAGUUUUGCAGCUUUUUUCAACCUGGUUGAUGCGAAGCUGAGAAAGCAAAAUGAGUGCAAAAGAGAAAGAAGACGAUUCGCAGUUUCGCUGCAUGCUGUGUGACUACACGGCGACCUCGAAGAGUGAGAUUGGCAAUCACUUCCUGACAGAUCACAUGGAAGCCUACGUUUCUCCAAUCAAAGAAGAGGGCAAGACCGUGAGCACAAAUGAUUCUAAAGAGCCAGACGGUGAAAAAGAAAUGGAGGAAAAAGCAGGCGAAGAAAUAGGAGAAGACGAGGAAAAUCUGGCUGAAGAAGUAGAAGAGAAGAGACCAGCCCCCAGACCGAGGGGACGUCCACCGAAGAAGCGGAACCAGAAACCUAUCAAGAAACAACCAUACUACUACAUUGAAGAGGUAGAGGUGAAAGACGAGGGGGAAGAAACAGGGGAAGGGGAAGAAGAGCCCAAGGAAUUUGGACGAGGAAUGAGGAGGAGGAAGAAGGCUAUUCCAAGGCAUAUUUGCGAUACGAAUUGGAUGACGACGAAGAAUUCAUGGAAGAUGAGGAUUACAAUGAGAAUGAAGAGAGGAACGUAUUGCCGAAGAAAAGGGUUCCAACGAUCCCGCCAAUAGUAAUGAAGGGGAAAAGGGGAAGACCCGGAGUAGUGGAUCACAAGAGAAGGGCAGGCAAGAUGAAGGGAGUCCUAAAUUAAAGACGCCAAAGAUCUUCAAAAAGACACCGACGGUGUCUAAAUUGCCUCUGUCUGAUAAGGUGAUUGAGAGAAUUCUCGAUGAUAGGGUAAAUGAGUGGUACUUGGUGUUCCAAGAGAAGCACGUGUUGCCGAUUCCCUGCCCAUUCGAUGGUUGCGCACUUGACGUCACUCAGGCUGAACUCGAUGUCCACCUUCAAUGCCACGCUGCAAAUUUAGAAGGCUUUCGUUGCCCCAUCGACGAGUGUAAUUUCCUGUGUCCUCAUUGGUCUAAUAUGCGUGUUCACUACCGAAAAAACGCACGAACCGACGUUUUACAGGCUACUUUGCGAUCUUGACGGAUGUGCCAUGGUCUUCCCCCGAAUUGACAAGAAGUCCAUUCAUAUCCAUGUCACCAGGAAGCAUCUUCGUCCUGAAUUGCACGAUGAGCUGUCAAGCAAGGAUUUCAACAUAGAGAAGUACGAAAAAUACAUCUCCAUUGUUAAAGCCGAAGAGGCAGACUUGAUGAAGCAGGUUGGGGAACAGGCUGAAGAUGAUGAAGGAGAGGCAGGGACAUCUCUUGGAGAGCACUCUAAUGUUGUACAUGUACAGCAGAUGAGUGCCGUGGAGCAGCUCGAAACGGAAUCGGAUUUCGACACGGAAAAUUCAAGGCUCAAGAAGCGAGGCCGUCCUCGUGGAUCUACCAAGGCCGCCAAACUGGCUAGAAUCGCUGCCGGGGAAGUAUUCGAGAAGAAAGGGAAGAGAGACAAGAAAGGCAAGGGCAAACGCUCGUUCCAAAGAGUCAUGAACAAUGUUUCUUUCUUCUGCGACGUGUGUGGUGGAAAAUACAAAUCGGAGCAGGCGGUUUUCGAUCACAAAACCCUCCAUUAUCGUGAUGAGAAUUGCAAUGUGCUCCGCUGCACAGAAUGCACAGAAUACAGCACUGAAGAGUCUUCUGAGUUGCGGGAGCAUGUGGCUUUGAGUCACAAGAGCCUCCUGCAUCUGCAUCGCUGUGAUGAGUGUCAAUUCUCAACCAAUCGCUACCAUGAUCUCAAGAAGCACAUUCUCGUCCAUUCGGGCAGCAAGGACUACAUGUGCGAUAAGUGCGGCACCUGUACCACCACGGCUUACAAUCUCCGAGUCCACUGGCGUCGCUACCACGCUCCUGAAUCGGAGAAGAAUGUCAAGUGCUUCGCUUGUGACUACAUGUGUGCUGAUAAUGGCAUUUUAAAGGAGCAUAUUCGGUCCAAACACGGACUAAUGGUGUAUGGCAAGGACUUUGACAAUGCUCGCCACUGCCGACAUAUGCCUGUUCACAGUGCGACUACAUCGGCCGCAAGAAAUCCAGUCUGGCCUACCACAUGCGCAUCCACACAGAGAACCGACAGUUCAAGUGCCACAUCUGCCCCUACGCCAGUAAAACCAAGAACAACCUCUUGCUUCACAUCCGCACACACGAGGGGUUGCAGCCGCUGAAGUGCCCGAAUGUGACUUCAGAGGUGCAACGAACAAGAUCAUCUCGGAGCAUGUGAUGUGCAAGCAUGCCCGCGUCCGCCCGUACACCUGUAAAAUAUGUGGUUGGACCUCGUCCUAUCACGGAAACAUGUGGAAACACGUGGAGACGCAUCGCCGUGAGCUGGGUGACGCGAUGCCCGAAGAACCGGUCAGCGUCAUCUCGACGGAAGGACACUUGGUUGCCGCUCCGCUCAAGGCUCCGACCCUCAAGAAGCGAGGGGGAGGGGGAUCGACGUCGCCGUCCAGCGCGUCGAAGUCGCCAAAAUGAGAAUAAAGCGAAGCAGUCGCCCACGCUACGAAGAGAUGCAAGUCACGGUCGAGACCCAGGUGCAUGAUGACAGCAUGAAGGAAGGCGUAGUGAUUCAGCUACCAGUAUCUACCGUUUUGGAUGGCCAGACCAUUACCCUUGCAGAAGGCAUCAGCGAAGAGGCAGCUAUGGGAGCAUCAGCCCUGAGUCGCCUAUCCCAAGGGGGCGAGAUCACCGUCCGUGAGGUUCAUUUCUUACAAGGUGGAGACAACCAGCAGCAGCACCACGAGAUGAUCACGUACAACGUACCCCCAGUCGCAGUCACCCAGCAAAUCAUCGCCGGCGGAGAUAUGGGUCAUGUCAUCAGUGAGGCGCACUAUCAGCAACAGCAACAGCAGCUGCAGCAGGAGCAUGAAGUAGAACAACACCACUACGUUGAGGCCGGUCUUCAGACCGUUCAGGUGGUGACCUCUCAUCAGGACAACGGGGUUCCUAGAGCCGUGACGGAACAGGUGGUGCACGCCAUGCCGCACCCUCAAGACCACCACCAGGAUCAUCAUCAGGAUCACAGAGGUGCCGAUCAAAACCAGGAUCAGCCUGUCGUGCACCAGCUCAUUCCGAUGACUCUGCCACACGAGGCAGAGCUAGUCAUGAGCAUGAUGCAGGCACACCAAGCAAGUAUCUCUCAGUCGCAGUAACCUACCACCAAGAUAUUUGCAAAUCUAGAGGGGGUGCAGGGCCCAUGCAUCCCUUUAUUUCAAAAUCUUGUAACCACCACUGCUAAACAAGGGAAGUAGUUUAGAUUUGCACUCCGAAUGGGUAAAUAAAUACGAUUCUCGUUGUACAUACAAUCAGUCUCCUCAUCAUAAAGGAUUGAUUUCUUAGAGCUGCCAGUUACACAUGUACAUAAUUAUCAUUCCUUCCAUGCGAAGGCAAGUACAGUAGCCAUUUUUGGAAGUAGUGAUUAAUUAAAUUUGUGUGAUCUUACACUUUGAAUGUAACCUGAAAUACAUACAUGAUUAAAAGGAAUUACACAGGUUUGUGUACAAUUGAUGAUACAUGUAUGCUACAAUUAAAUUAUUCUUCCAUUUCGACUUUAUGUGUUAAUCUAAAGUAGAAGUUUUUACUGUAAGGUUUGUUUAUAAGAAUACUAAGUUUUGUGUCUUUGUAUUUCUUAUCUUAUCCUUGUUAGUUUUUUAAAAGAGGGAACAAAAAGAAUUUUGUUUUUUCUUUCCCUUAUCUGUUGAUUCCAUUGUUAUAAAAGUUGCGUUUGGAGUUUGGCGUAGAUAUCAUGUCAUGUUAUCUCAAGUACCUAAAUGUGCCACUUUGUUUCAGCCUUUUCGCAACAAGAUAAAUGAUUUUGAUUGUUGAUAUCCCGUUUGAAGUCAUUGUUACAUUGUGUACUUGAUAAAUGUGAAUGCUGUACAGAGUGGGAUGAAGCAUUGUUGAAAGAAAGAAAAGACGAAGAUAGAGGAACAGAGAAUAUGUAAGGAAAGAAAAAGGAUGAAGAAAUGAUGAGCUGUAUAAUGUAUGCUGUGAAGUGAAAAGUAAUUCCAUAUCUUACAAGGGGAAAAAAAAGAAAUGGUGAUAAUAAACGUGGCUCUUCCAGUUUGAGUAAUAUUUCUCAUGUUCAUUUGCACAGAAAAUAUGUCAAUGAUGGUAGCAGUUAAAUGAAUUUUUAAAUCAUCUGAUUUUGUGAUUUUUAUACAUCCAGGAAUCUUCAAAAAACAUUAUUUCCUGUACCUGUUGUAUGCCUAUAUACAUGUAAUUUUCUUCAAUUCAUUAAACUGUGUUGUUUUGACGUGUCGUUUAUACCGUAUGAAGAUGGAUAUAACUCUUGCUUUUUGUUCAGAUGCUGGCUUGAUUACACAAAUAAACGCUUUCCAACUGCUUUACCUGA